CCCAAGGAAGGAAGGAAGGAGGAACUUGCUCGAGACGCAUGUGUCACUUCCAGUGUGCUGCGAAACCCUGCUGCUAUGUGACUCCCCGGGAUUAUUUAGCUGGUUUUGCGGUUGGUGGGGAAGUAAAGUUAGAAAGUUUGGAUUUACAGUCGGUGUUUUUGGGGGUUGCGGGGCGCGCAGGGAAGGUAGUGCAAGUGGUUUCGGAAGUGGAGCGUGGCAGCGAAAAGGAAGAAGGGGGGGGGGCUUUCCAUUCCUGUGUGAUAGAAGAUAGCUCGCUUCGCUUGCUUGCCACGACGGGACUGACGUAGAAUAUGGCGGAGCAUCACCCGGUUUCCGACAACAAACACAAAUCCUCUCUGAACUCCGGAGCGUCGUACUCGGGGAACGGACGCAGCAGCACGGCGGUCGCGGAGAGAGGCAGCAACGCCGGGGCAGGAGGAGGUCUGUCCGGCGGCCUGUCGCAGCCAGCAGGGUGGCAGUCCUUGCUGUCUUUUACCAUCCUGUUCCUGGCCUGGCUGGCCGGUUUCAGCUCCAGGCUCUUCGCUGUCAUUCGCUUCGAGAGCAUCAUUCACGAGUUUGACCCCUGGUUCAACUACAGGUCGACUCACCAUCUCACCACCAAUGGCUUCUAUGAGUUCCUCAACUGGUUUGACGAAAGAGCCUGGUACCCUCUGGGUAGGAUAGUCGGGGGCACGGUGUACCCAGGCCUGAUGGUCACGGCGGGCCUCAUCCACUAUGUGCUCAACCUGCUGCACAUCACCGUCCACAUCCGGGACGUGUGUGUGUUCCUUGCUCCGGUGUUCAGCGGCCUGACCUCCAUCUCCACCUUUCUGCUCACGAGGGAGCUGUGGAACCAGGGAGCGGGGCUGCUUGCGGCCUGCUUCAUCGCCAUCGUCCCGGGCUACAUCUCCCGCUCCGUGGCUGGCUCCUUCGACAAUGAAGGCAUCGCCAUCUUUGCCCUGCAGUUCACCUACUACCUCUGGGUGAAGUCGGUGAAGACGGGAUCCGUCUUCUGGGCCAUUGGAUGCUGCCUCUCCUAUUUCUACAUGGUUUCAGCUUGGGGCGGUUACGUGUUCAUCAUCAACCUUAUUCCUCUUCAUGUAUUUGUCCUGCUUCUCAUGCAGCGCUUCAGUAGGAGAGUCUACAUAGCCUACAGCACCUUCUACAUCAUCGGCCUGGUCUUGUCCAUGCAGAUCCCCUUUGUGGGCUUUCAGCCAAUCAGGACCAGUGAACACAUGGCCGCAGCAGGUGUGUUUGUGCUGCUUCAGGUCUAUGCCUUCCUGCAGUACCUGAAGGACAGACUGACCAAGCAGGAGUUCCAGACUCUGUUCUUCCUCGGAGUCUCUCUGGCUGCUGGAGCUGUUUUCCUCUCUGUCAUCUAUCUGACAUACACAGGGUACAUUGCUCCAUGGAGUGGGCGCUUCUACUCCCUCUGGGAUACUGGCUAUGCUAAGAUCCACAUUCCCAUUAUAGCGUCUGUAUCUGAGCACCAGCCCACCACCUGGGUGUCCUUCUUCUUUGACCUACACAUCCUCGUCUGCACCUUCCCAGCAGGCCUCUGGUUCUGCAUUAAGAACAUCAACGAUGAACGUGUCUUUGUGGCCUUGUACGCCAUCAGUGCUGUGUAUUUUGCUGGCGUAAUGGUGCGUUUGAUGCUGACUCUGACUCCGGUGGUGUGCAUGCUAUCGGCGGUGGCCUUCUCCAGCGUCUUUGAACACUACCUGGGAGACGACAUGAAGAAGCAGGGCCCUCCUGCAGAGGACAGCAGCGACGAGGACGACAGGAAGAACGCCGGAAACCUCUAUGACAAGGCCGGUAAGGUGCGCAAACACGUAUCGGAGCAGGAGAAGGCCGAGGAGGGCCUCGGCCCCAACAUCAAGUCCAUAGUCACCAUGCUGAUGUUGAUGCUGCUCAUGAUGUUCGCCGUCCACUGCACCUGGGUCACCAGCAACGCCUAUUCCAGCCCUAGUGUGGUACUGGCAUCAUACAACCACGAUGGCUCCCGUAACAUCCUGGAUGACUUCAGGGAGGCCUACUACUGGCUGAGGCAGAACACUGACGAGCACGCCAGAGUGAUGUCCUGGUGGGACUACGGCUACCAGAUAGCAGGCAUGGCAAACAGAACAACGCUGGUCGACAACAACACAUGGAACAACAGUCACAUAGCACUGGUGGGCAAAGCUAUGUCAUCCAAUGAGACUGCAGCCUAUGAAAUCAUGAGGUCGCUGGAUGUUGACUAUGUCCUGAUCAUCUUUGGAGGAGUGAUUGGCUACUCAGGCGACGACAUCAACAAGUUCCUGUGGAUGGUGCGCAUCGCAGAGGGGGAGCACCCCCGGGACAUCAGGGAAAGUGACUACUUUACCCCGCAGGGAGAGUUCAGAGUGGACAAAGCUGGUUCCCCCACCCUACUCAACUGCCUUAUGUACAAAAUGUCUUACUAUCGCUUUGGAGAAAUGCAGUUGGACUUCCGGACGCCACCAGGCUUUGACCGAACACGCAACGCUGAGAUUGGCAACAAGGACAUAAAGCUGAAGCACCUGGAGGAAGCCUUCACUUCAGAGCACUGGCUGGUCAGGAUUUACAAGGUCAAAAAGCUGGAGAACAGAGACCGCGUAGAGCACAAGCUGCGAAGCACUGACACCACUAAGCAGAAGUACACCUCCAAAAAGACAGCCAAGAGGAAGCGGGGAUACAUCAAGAACAAGUUUUCCCUCAAGAAGGGCAAGAAACUGACCAAGAAAUCUUUAUAGGAAGGCCACCGCCGACAGAGGCACAUUAUGGAUGGGAGGGAGGAAUGAUCUUAAACACAAAACUUUUCAACAAAAACAUGCAGCAACAAGAAAAUCCACCAAUCAAGAUGAAUAAGGAACACCUGAGGUUCGCCAGACCCCUGUCAUCCCGAGCGUCCUCACCCGGAGGUCCAGGCUGGAAGCGUUACCAUCGCCUAGAAGAAUGUAUUGAACCCCAGCUGACCUUUGACCUGAUAAACGGGGUCAAGGAGGCGGAGAACGGGAGAUGUUUGCUAGUCGGAGUUCCUCCCCACACUGGUUUUAACCUGAGGAACUGUGACCUUUGACCCGCUUUUCUUUUUGUACUUGAACGCGAUAGGAGACAGAGAGAGCAAGAGAGAUUAGAUGUCCUCAAUCCAGGGACUACAGAAAAUACACCACUGUUCUCCAAUGUCCCCAGUUCAGGGCUGACACCCUAGACCUGCUCAACUUUAGGUAAAGAGCGAUUUUAGGAUGACAGAAAUGGUGUUUUCCCCUCGUUGGAGAUUAUUCAGUUCUUGAUAAUUAUUCAGUUUAAAGGAAAAGGAGAGAAACAGAAAUAGACCCACCAUCCUGCUUUUUUAGUUUUAACCGGCAGUCAGUCACAGUCUGAGCUUUGAGUUUGUGCUCAGAUGCUUUUGGAAAGUCCAGGUGUUGGAACAUCUCUGUAGUCUGUUUUUAUGUGUUUGAUUUCCUUUACGUUCUCCUUAGAAUCCAUUAUUACCAGGAACAUGCAUGUGCCAACAAGGAGAAGUCGUCACUCUUCAUACAACCUCAUACUGCUGCGCUGUCAUAUCAUUUUAGAACCAGACGGAUUCAUUCCCCUUUAUUAUAACUUGGUCUUUUUGUCAUGGUUUCUAUCAGUAACCAAAUUAAUAAUCGAGUACUCGGAGCACAGCGACAGAGGUCAAAAGAGGUCAGACAGGCCAACAAACACAAGCAUUCACGUGAUCUGUUUAGUUUUAAACAAACCAUCAUCGGAAGAGAAAACCGUCAAAUUAUUACCCAAACUGUCAGUAGUGAACAUCAGUUGCAGUUUAACUGUUUACUUACUGGUUCAACCUACAGUACUUUUACAUACAGUUUUCCUCUACAAUAAAGGAAUGUCACCAUUUCCCUUUUCCCUUCCAUCAAAAGGGGAAUCC